UCCAUGGGUAGUUAAUCGACGUCGUUUAGUAGUGUACUUCCUCGCUGGCAGUGUUUUCUCGCACGGAUUUCAACUCCCCAUUCCCAAUUCACAUCUUCACCUCCGAAAACCCCCUGAAUUUAUAAUUUCUAUUCCACCUGCUUUGUUUUCGGCGAAGGACUGAUAAGUUCGAGCUUAAUCAUGGAGGGGGUUGGAGGUGAUGGUCCAUCGACGGCUGCUGCUGCGCUGAACCAACGGAGGAAUGAAGUAUCUAAACUUUUCCAGUAUUAUUUAGAUAAAUCGACUCCCCACGCUCUUUACCGAUGGAUUGGAACUUUUGUUGUAGUUCUUGUUUAUGCUCUGCGGGUUUACUACAUUCAAGGGUUCUAUAUUGUUUCAUACGGUUUAGGGAUCUACAUUCUGAAUCUGCUCAUUGGGUUUUUGUCACCUCUAGUUGACCCAGAGCUGGAACCUAGUGAUGGUCCUUCGUUGCCUACGAAGGGUUCCGACGAAUUCAAACCUUUUAUUCGCCGCCUCCCUGAGUUCAAAUUCUGGUAUGCCAUCACGAAGGCUUUCUGUAUAGCAUUUAUUAUGACCUUCUUUUCCAUGUUUGAUGUUCCAGUUUUCUGGCCUAUAUUAUUGUGCUACUGGCUUGUUCUUUUUGCAUUAACAAUGAAGCGUCAAAUAAUGCAUAUGAUCAAGUACAAGUAUAUCCCAUUCAACAUUGGGAAGCAGACGUACAAAGGGAAAAAACCUGCCUCUAGCGCCAGCAGCCCGCGAGCCGACUGAACAUAUACUGGUUUAUGACUUAACCGGAUGAAGAAUCACAUCAGAAAGAUGAAAUGGCAGCAGGGAAACAAGAACAAGAAAAGGCACAGGAAAAUACCUUUACUACGACAUUUCUAGUUUAUGGGAUCUGUAUUUAGAUUGAGAUACUGACAUGGAGCUGAAUACAGAAUUAUCAGCAUAUAGUUCAGUUGUGGGCUGUUAUUUCAUUAUGGCAUCAUAACUGCUAAUUACGCAGCAGAAGUAGUGGAAGUUCAAUUUGUUUACGACACCUCACUGCAGGAAUAUUAAAGUUUGUUGUAAUUCGAUUUUCUGUUUGUUUCAUGGCGAA